CGCCUGCAGGCGCACGCAAUAGAGACGAAGCGCUGGACAGCAGUCGCAACUGAACGCCUGCUGCUGUGCUGCUAUCGGAAAGCUGCGAGCUAGUUCGGCAGCAUUUGCUGCAGCCGCUUUCGACUCUAGAGUCGUCGCUAGCAACACUGUAGCUCAGAGGUAAAGAGCAACCCGCCCAAGGCAGCGAGCGAUACGCAAUCGACGCGAUAGCGCACGUCCACAAGCAGUCGAAAGAUGCGCCGCCGCCCCACGCACACGAACGGCACGAAGCCCGCGUCGCCGCGUUUAGGUGAUACGGCCCUCGCCGUCGCGUGCAAACGCCUCGCCCAGAAGCAUCAUAAUGAUGACAACACCGAAAAGAGGAAGAUCUCAUCCCAUUUAUCGAUGUCAAUGGUCUGGGGCGCGCGCCAGUGGCGGGCCCAUUCUCGGAGAAGCAGGCACGUGCGGAACGUCGUGGGCUGGUUUAGAAGCACAAUUUUGCUGGAGAUCUGGCCGGCGUUGUUGGUGGCCAUGGGCUGGGCGUUAAUUGUAAGACGCUUGGACCUGCCGCCGUUACCGCUCGCACCCUUGGGCUUCCAGGCGUCGUCCAUCGGUCUGUUACUUGUUUUUCGCACGAACCAGGCGGCGUCUCGGGUCCACGACGCGCGCCGGUUGCUGGGGGUCGUGAAGACGCGCGGCAUCGACGCCUGCGCGACGCUCUGGGUGGCCGCGGUUGAUGAGAAUGCGAAGGAGGCGGCGAAAACCGCGGCGGCCUACCUGGCCCUCAUGCUGUGGUCGCUCAAGGGCGCCGUGCGGCCUAAUCAUGACGCCGCGUUCGAGGCGGCCCAGGCGACGUUUCUCGACGACGCCGAGCGGAACUGGAUUCUAGAAAGGCAGGGCAAGCCCCUCGUGACGCCGGCGACGAUCGUGCUGAGACUUAGAUACGCGGGCGCGCGGUGUUCGGAUAAAGAUGCCCGCGAUAGGUAUGAGUCGUGCAUUGAUGAUGUUGCCACGGCGCUCGGCGGCUGCAAACGUAUUUAUUCCACGCCCAUCCCGCCGACCUAUUCCAGACACGCGUCGCGCGCGCUGGUGGCGUGGUUGGCCUGUCUACCAUUGGCAACGGCACCCUUGCACGCCUCGGACUGGACGCUCGCGCUGUCGACGGGCCUGACGGCCUUUCUCGUCCUGGGCAUCGAGGACAUCGGCAUGCAGAUCGAGGAGCCGUUUGCGGUGCUCCCGCUCCACGACCUCGCCCUCGAAUUGUCGCAGCGCGUCGCGGCCGUCGUCGACGGGCCGCCGCCGCCCGACCACCACCUUUAGUUCGAUCGCUCGCAUUAUUUUUAGCCCGACCGUAAUGUACA